UUUGUGAGACACGUGUUGCCCUUUGGGCCUGUCUCUUUGAGAAGAGAGAGAGAGAGAGUUGAAGAUCGAUGGCUGAAGGCGCGAUGAUCCCCAGCAACUGAAGAAGAGAAGCCAGAGCUUCAGGCAGAGGCUACUUCCCUGGAGCCUUUCUUCGAUGCCUAUAAUCAGGCAGAAGCUGAAUCCUGGCCUCCAACGUCACGAGAUGUCUCUCCUCCGCCUCUUCGAGACUGUCUCCGAUGACUACGUCACACUUGCCCUCAUCCAGAUUAAAUUGACUGAUGUUACUGAUCCCAUGGUCAAUGAGAAGGUUGCUGAUCAGGAUGAGCUGCGUGAUGUUGUUCUGCUCGUGUUUGCUAACAAACCGGAUCUUCCAAAUGCCAUGAACGCAGCUGAGAUCACCGAUAAGCUUGGUCUCCACUCUCUCCGUCAGCGUCACUGGCGUAGAGGGAAAGAUUGUGGUUGAGCUGAUUUUGCUGGGCAAAUCUGGAUGCAGGUGCAAACAUUAUCUGAUUUUUUUUUAUUGUUCUGUUCUUUUUUUUUUGGUUUCGGGUAUGUGAAUUUGAUUUUGUGAUCGUUGUUCUGAUUGUGCAAGGAGGAGUUUCUUGCACGUAGAACAUAGAAACUACCUUUUUAUAUAGUUUGUAAUCAAAGAUUUACUCUACUUAUUUCUGCUUCACGUUUCA